UACAGGCAUUGCUUGACAAUGGUGCCAAGUACAUGGUUGUUCAAGGUCUGCCACUAACAGGAUGCCUACCCCUAUCCAUGGUGUUGGCACCACCUGAUGACAGAGACGGCAUCGGGUGCGCUGCAAGCGUAAACAACCAGAGUUACACCCACAAUUUGCUUCUCCAAAACAAGCUGCGGGAUCUUAGAAGACGAUAUCCCAAUGCCAUCAUCUCUUAUGCCGACUACUUCAGUGCUCACCUUGCGGUCAUGAAGAACCCAGCCACUCAUGGCUUUACAGAGCCCUAUAAGGCUUGCUGUGGUUCAGGUGGUGGCUCCUUUAACUUUGACCUCUUUGCCACAUGUGGAUCACCAAAUGUUUCUAAAGCUUGCUCGAAUCCUACCAAGUUUGUGAAUUGGGAUGGAGUCCACCUAACUGAAGCGAUGUACAAGGUUGUCUCAGACAUGUUCUUGCACCGUCGCUACUGUAGACCAUCAUUCGAUGUAUUACUUAGGAAUCAGAGUCAUUAGAGCUGAAUCACCUAUCUUUGAUCACCGUUCUGUCCUCCAGGUGCUAGCAGAAGAUUGUACCCAAGUACUGUGGGUUUUGUACUUCAAAUGAUAUGAGCUAUGAGUGCAUGA